GAGGCAUACAGGACACUGUUUUUGUUAGCUGUCAGUCCUAAAUCAAAAUGGUUUGUCAAAGUCGAUCGUAAAUAUUUACCCUCCCUUAUAAAUUAAUUUGUUUACAAAUGGCUAGUAUGUACUGAAAACAGAAUAUGAUAUAUACAAUGAAUUAAUUCAUUCAAGAAAUGGCAUAUUUCCACUACCGUUGUGGGGAACGAAUUACUUUAGAAAAUGACAAUUGUACAGCAGUCAGAAACGAUUCAGAUUUCGACCAUGGACUGGUCAUUACAGCAGAACCACUGGUUAAUGAUGUCCUUUUUGAAGUUAGAAUUGACAGAAUGGUCUCAUCUUGGUCUGGUACUUUAGAAAUAGGGGUGACAGAGCAUGAUCCAUUGCAUUUUGAAUUUCCUCCUUGUGCUUCAAAACUUCAAACUAAAACAUGGAUACUAGCAGGCAAAUCAAUUUUAAAAGAUGGGGUGUUAAUUGUUGAAAGAUAUGGAGCUGAUUUGGAUAGACUAGGUCAAGAUGACCGUGUUGGUUUAUUAAGAACAUCGGAGGGUGAAUUAAUAUUCUACAUAAAUGGAGAACCCCAAGGGGUAGCAGUGGAUAAUUUGCCCUCCAUAGUGUAUGGUGUAGUUGAUUUGUAUGGCAAGUGUGUUCAAGUUACCAUAACUGGUCCAAUUCUGAGAGAGCACAACAAUGAUGACUGUCUCAGCGGUAGCUCAGUUUUAGCCAUUGAUAAUGACAUCCUUAAUGUUACAUUAGGGGCGGAUUUAAGUGAGCUAAGUCUUAGUAGUAGUAAUAGUUUGGAUAUUAGAAUGGACAUGAAUGUUAGGUACUUGAAAAACUAUUUUUGUAUAUUCUUCAUAAUAUAUUUUCAUGAGUUAAUUAUUGUCAGCCUAACUAUGCCUGAAGAGACUCCUAGACAUGAUAGAUUAAGAUUUCAUGAACGCUGUGGCAGCCUUAUUAAAUUAACAAAUGGACAUCGAACAGCAGAAAGAAGAAGACCAUUAGAUGAAUUUAAUAAUGGAGUUGUAAUGACUCAUAGACCUCUGCGAGAUGCUGAACUGUUUGAAAUACGAAUUGAUAGACUAGUUGAAAAAUGGAGUGGGAGUAUAGAGAUGGGGGCUACAACACAUAAUCCAUCCACAUUAGUGUUUCCUGCUACUAUGACCAACAUGCGCAGUGGGACAGUAAUGAUGUCGGGAUGUGGUAUUCUUGUAAAUGGUAAGGGAACAAGGAGGGAGUAUGGAGACUUUAAUUUGGAUGAAUUAUGUGAAGGAGAUCGUGUGGGUAUGAUGAGAAAACCUAACGGUGACCUGCACUAUUUCAUAAACGGCCUAGACCAAGGAAUCGCGGCCCAACGAAUACCCUCUACUGUAUGGGGAGUCAUUGACCUCUACGGGAUGACCAUCAAAGUCUCUAUAGUCGAAAGAGAUGAAAGAGAAGAGCAAAACUUAAUGACUAGAAGAAACAACAGAGGUGAACAAAGGUGUCCAACCCCUGAAAUGCAAUUUCUUUCUGAUUAUUACGACAGACUAACAUUCCACUCAAAUUGUGGCGCACACGCUCAGGUUGUUAAUGGGGGGAGAACCGCUUUAAGGCCCAAUGCUGCCGAUGAUUUUAAUAAUGGCGUAGUAUUGACAAGUCGCCCUCUCAAAACAGGUGAAUUAUUUGAGGUCAGACUAGAAAGGGUAGUUACCAAAUGGGCUGGAUCUAUAGAAAUCGGUGUAACCACACACAGUCCUACUGAUUUGGAUUUUCCUUUUACUAUGACCAACGUUAGGUCAGGAACAUGGAUGAUGACAGGGAGUGGAAUAAUGCAUAAUGGUACAACUGUUUUGGAACAGUACGGAGUCAAUUUGGACAGGCUACAAGUAGGAGACAGGGUAGGGGUAAUUAGAAAAGAUAGUGGAGUUUUACAUUUUCUUGUAAAUGGAAUUGAUCAGGGAGCUGCAGCUACGAAUGUACCAGAAAAGGUUUAUGGUGUCAUUGAUUUGUACGGUCAGGCUGUUGAAGCCACAAUUAUAGACACUAUGGACACUUAUUCACCAGAUACAGUACAUUCCAGUUUGUCCAACACAACUCUAUACAGUGAUUUAAGAUUUCAUCAUGUGCAUGGCAAAAACGCUAGAAUAGUGAAUAAUGGGAUAACAGCCUUAAGACCGAGACCUUUAGCAGAAUUUAACGAUGCAAUAGUUUUUUCGAGUAGGCCAUUAAGAGAUGGAGAGCUGUUUGAAGUUGUAUUAGAAAACAUUGUAGAGAGAUGGUCAGGCAGUGUUGAACUAGGUAUAACAGCUGUUAGACCCGACGAAAUCGACUUGCCCACAACUGCGACUGAUCUAACAAGGGAUACGUGGAUGUUGAGUGGACCAUGUAUCAUGGAAAAUGGAUACACCAUUAAAAAUAAUUACAGUUUAGAUUUGGAUACUCUUGUAACUGGCGCUCGAAUUGGAGUUAUGCGUACCGCUGAGAAAACAGUAGAAUUUUAUAAAGACGGUAUACCACAGGGACCUGCCUGUGUUGUUUCCUAUCCUAACAUUUAUGCCGUGAUCGACCUAUACGGACAAUGUUCACAAGUAAGCAUUUCCUGCACAUCAACAUCUAUUCCGUUCACUGUCAUCCCACCUGAGGCCUGUUCUGAAACAUCUCCGUCCGCACAAUUGACCAGCAUAUUGCAGCAAAAAGCAGAAGCAGAUUUGCACAGAUUUCAUGAUUGUCAUGGUAGGGGAGUAGUUAUAAGUGAAGGUGGCAGGGUAGCAAUCAGAGGGAAAGAGCUACAACAUAAUAUUGUCUUUAGCUCAACUCCUUUAAAUUGUGACGAAGUAUUCGAAAUAACCAUCAUGUCACUCAUGUCCCAUUUUGCAGGAACUUUAUGUUUAGGAGUCACCACGACACUACCCGUCAGUAAUAUUACCGUCUUUCCUCAAGAUGCUUGCUAUAUGACAGAGAAUGAACUUCGUGUGAAAAACAAACCCUGUCAGUUGUUCGCCCCCAGUUUAGAAUGGUUAAGAGAAGGUGAUCAUUUAGGUCUCCAAAAAUGCCAAGAUGGUACCAUUAAGGCCUUCGUCAACGAUACCUUGUUCCUAACUUUCCCUAGCAUCUCGGGAGAACUUUAUGUAGUAGCAGAGCUCAAAGGUUCCUGUUGCAGCAUUGCUGUGACCAGUCGAAAAAUGCCACCCACUCCUUUAACCAAUUCCCACCUUCAAGAUAGUCUCGAGCUUGCUUUUGAACAAGAAAUGUUAAAGUCACAAGCUGCACCACCAAGCGAAAUUUCUGAACACAACGAACAACCAGACACGUCAAAUAUUUGGUACGAAUUUCACGAUAAUCAUGGAAGGAAUAUUGAUAUUAUUGGAGACAAAACGUCUGCAAAACGUGUUGCUUCCUACAAUCAAGGUGUGGUUAUAGUACAACCCCCCCUUCAACCAGAACAGGUUGUUAAGAUUUCUUUAGAACAAUUGGACACCAAAUGGUCUUCGUCCCUUAUAGUAGGAGUAGUUGGUUGUACUAAUCCUGAAAGACUAUCUUUACCUGUGACUGCUUUGUCAUUUAAAGGGCCUUGUUGUGUCAUUGCCAAUGACUGGAUAUCAAUAAAUGGGACAAAAGCAAAAUCAAAUUGUACUAAAUUAUCCAAUUUGAAAGCUGGAUCAUUGGUGGGAAUUAAGUAUUCUGAACAAGAAGGUUUUGUGCAAAUCAUAGUAGAUGGUAUUGCUGAAGAACCAGUACCUUGGAAUUUACCAAAGGGAUUGCAGUGUUAUGCCAUUUUCGAUUUGUAUGGACAGUGUCAACAGGUGAAAUUGGUAAAUGCUCCUGAAGAAGGGCCGAAAAAUAUUGAAUGCGAGAAAGCAAAUCUUGAAUUAUGUGAAAAGGAUAGGUCACUAAUUAAUUUAACUUUGCCAUUAAAUGGCAUUGAUGACAGUCCAUCAACAAGUUCUAACCAGAACAGUCAAAGUAUAUUUGUGUCGACACCACUGAAAAAUUCGCCCUGUAUAUACAAGCAGGAUUGUGAAACUUUAAAGAAGUCGUUGUUUCUCCCAGAGCAGUAUUUUGUAAGCGACGAAUCAGUUUGCUACUGUAGCAAUUGCCACAAAAAUAUCGAAGAGAAACAAAAAUUUUUAAUCGGCUGGGUUAAGUUUCCGCUUCAUAAUUUCACUUCAAUCGCAGUACAAACUGAAAAAUGGCAAUCUGCAUAUUAUUGUACAAAAUUAAAUUUUGUUCGCAGCAUAUUAGAUAGGGGACAACCGCUUUCAAAAAGUCAGGAACAGUGGGGCACUCUAGUCAGUCAGAAGAAAGACAAUCUUCAAGUUCUGUUCAAGCCAACUCUUGAAAAUUGCACGACCGAAGGUUUCCUCAUGGAAAACAAAGAGGUUCAUGCAAUGUUUGAACUUUUGGUCAAGCCUGGAGCUUAUUCAGUGUCUCAAGAUGGUACCGAAUGGUGCACGAAAGAAUCGGGAGCACUCAUAUUGCAAGGACUGCUUUUAAAGGUCAAUUUGAAAUGAAUUAGUUAUAUCUAAAAUUCCGUUUUUCUAGUUCAUUAUGUCUAGUCCGUAGUUUAAGUUAUUCAGUGCCAGCCGUUACGAAUUGUGACAUGCUACUAAUUUUACGUGUUCCCUUCCCUGGUCGUACAUUAUUUUUUACAUCAAUUAUUAUGGAUUAAUUAAUUGUAAUAAUUGUUCUUACGAUUCCAAAAAGAAAGUUUUGUUGUAAAAACUUUUCAGGCGCGUAUUUUAGUUUCCUUUUUUAAUGUAACUGAAGGCAGAUUCUGGAAGUACAUGACGAGUUUUGUAUUUUUAGAAGUAUCUGUAUGCAUUUUUAUAUUUAUGCUUUGUUUAAUUAUAUGAAUACAUGUGAUAACUUAUUAUUAUUUUAGUGCAAUAAAUUAUUUUAUAUUAA